UCAAUUAACAUAGAGCUAUCGUUUUCCAAAAGGCUAAUCGUUCUAAACCAAACACCACCCACUCUUAAACAACAUUACCAAAUCAUAUUCAAAAGGGAAUCAUAAGAACACAACAGAAGAUUAUGAUCCACCAUUAGAAAGAAGCUUUUAGCUAUCCCAAAAAAGAAAGAAAGAGAGAUCCAUUCAUUGGUAAUGGCAGAUUCCGACAUAGAGACGAGCAGCAACCAAAAUAGCAAUAGCAACACCAGCCAUUCAACUACUUCAACCACGAGUGUUCAUGUUACGGCUCUCGAUGGGAUUGUAAGUGCUAAUUCUCUCUUCACGGUUGCAGUCUUUGUCGGAAUCUCCUUCGACCAGCCAAGUGACCUCACCCUCACGGACAGAACAGAGUGCAGUGCAGGACGAGACGUGGAACGUGACCUGGUUGUGUUUGAAGUCAUCUCAUUUGCCUUCUUUCUCUUCUCCUCCCUUGUGGCUCAAGGGAUGAAGCUAGCCAUCAACCUUUUGAACAGCAAAGAAACGGACGAAGUGUUUAAAGCGAAUAUCAACAGAGAUGUGCUUCGUUUCGGUGUGGUUGGUGCAGCUGGUGGAUCUAUCUUGGGUUGUGUAUUUCUUCUGUUGUCAAUUGUUGAUGUUAUACAACUCCGUCUGGGGCUUCUCUCUUGCGGCAAUGCUUUGGCGAUUCAUACCGUGCUGGUGCUUGUGGUAUUGGUCUCUUCUGCUCUCAGUGUUUAUAUCUUCACAGUGUUCUACUCUUUCAGGAAAUGAUUGAUAGUUGUAGAGUAACAAAUAGUUGUGAAAUAAGCGAUAUAUAAUAUGUCUACUCGAUAAUGUUUAAAAACAUAAUGCAAACAUAUAUGUAUCGGUUGAUAAGAUUGUUACCGAGAAUGUAAAAGUCUGCGAAACUAGGCCAUUCUCUUGCAAAAC